AUGGUCGGGAGCAAGUCACGAUUUGGUCCCGGCUUGUUCAUGAACCAUGUUGAACCUCUUGCUCGACAUUUACACACAAGUCUCUCAUCCCACAAGGGCCCUGUAAAUGUCGCUCGCUACUCCAAAGGCGGCGGCAAAUAUAUCUUGACUGGCGGCCAAGACCGAACUGUCCGACUUUGGAAUGCUAAUUCUGGGAACGAAGUCAAGACAUUUGCGGCGCACGGCUACGAGGUUCUUUCCAUCACGGUCUCUCACGAUAAUGCCCAGUUUGCCUCGUCAGGAGGAGACCGUUCUAUAUUUCUCUGGGAUGUCGCAACCGCUGCAACUACUCGACGGAUUCCCGGGCACAUGGGUAAAAUCCACGUCGUAGAAUUCAAUGAGGACGCGACUGUUCUUGCAAGUGGCUCAUUCGACUCGACUGUGCGGCUUUGGGAUUUAAAAGCUCAAAAUCGACAACCAAUCCAAGUACUCGAAGAAGCACGCGACGCUGUUCAGACUCUCCAUGUUGGUUCAACAUACAUAACCACCGGCUCUCUGGACGGCCAUGUUCGCACUUACGAUCUGCGCAAGGGUGAAUUACGGUCUGACUUCAUGGGCCAAGCAGUAACAUCAGUCGUACCGACACUCGAUAGCCAAACACUACUCGUGACCACCCUCGACUCACACAUCCGGCUCAUGGAUAUGACGAAUGGAAAACUUCUCAACGAUUUCACGGCCCACACAAACACGGAAUAUCGCUGCCGAGCUUGUUUCGGUCAUGGUGAAGCAACCGUGAUAUGCGGCGACGAAAAGGGCCUCGUUUGGGCAUGGGACCUUCUCGAUGCGAAACCGAUAGCACCCAAUCCACCACCCAAAGUUCAUCAAAAAGUAAUAACAUGGACGGAGCACCAUCCAGUUGAGAAAGGUGAAAUGUGUACUGCAAGCGCAGACGGGACGGUCAAGAUUUGGCGCCAGGUAGAUAUUGAAUAG